AUGCUCACGUCUCCACCAUCAAGGCAGCAUGCACCAGCACCAGCAUUCCUCCAGGGAUCAGAGCAUCGUCCCGGCUCGCGUGCGACUUCAGAUCAUGCGUCCACAGCCGUCAUCGCCUCAGAGACGAGGAUAACUCAUCUUCACAUCACUCCAUCCACUUCCGACAUGGCUGCCCACCCACCUCCGGGAGCCUUCUCGUCCCCGGGUGCCGUCCCCGCGACAGCCGUCCCCGCGACGGACCCCGUCAUUAACCAGACCACAGACAAGGAUCCCAUCGUCAUCCACGAGGACCACCAUGAGCCUGCACCCAUCCCCGCGCAGGCAGCGGAGGAUGCGCCGAUCCACCAGAACCCUGCGGCUGCUGCUCUUGCGGCUCAGCCGCCCAAAGGAAAGCAGGAGGACGUCCCCGUCGUCUCCUAUGAGGAGAACGACCCUCGCGACACGACAACAUCUGCGAUGUACCGUGCACCUGGGCCGCCGCAUUCACCCAUCGACGCAGGGGUUGUGAACACGACCAACCCUCCGGGUGAUGACGGGGUACAGCUGGUCGAGGGCAUCGACAACCGUGACCUGUAUGCCCUCGUGAGAAGGUUCAACACGCAAAUCAAUCGCGUCCUGUCGCCCGCCGAGCACCUUCCUCCGAAGGAGCCUGACCUGCGCAUGUCCAACCUCCCGAACAUCCCGUACCGCUCCGACACGCUCAAGUCCAACUUUGAGCGCGUCGCCGCGACCGUCGGUCCGAGCACGAAGCGCGGUCUCCGCGAGCUGCAGCGUCUGCGUGAUUGGCACAACGAAACCAGCCGCACGGCAAAGUACUGUGUGGCGUACUUUGUCUCCUGGUUCUUCGGAUACACACUGCUCGCUGUGUGCGUCUUCUUCACCGUCCUGAUGUGUUUCCCGGACACGAGGCGCCUCUUGUUCCCGGAGAUUAAACCUCCCCCUGGCAAGCCCAAGUCCGCGACCGAUCCGACGAAUCAGAAGGGCGACGAAAGCCUCAUCGCUCCCAAGAACCCGAACCAGCAGCGCACGAAGGGUGAACAAGCCGAAGAGCAGGGCUUCGAGACCCGAGCCAUGAUCGAGGCGUAUGCUCAGGCCAUCAUUGUUGGCGGCACGCACAAGAAGGGCGACCCGAAGAAGCAGCCUCCUGAGGAGGACAACUUGGUUCACGAUGAGAAGGGUAACGUCAUCGGCAAGCAUGUGGAUGGCGACGAUCCGGUCGCCGAGGCGCAAGGCACAGCCGUCAAGGUCGGCGGCGAGAACGUCGUAGCCAAGCCCGGCAAGGAGAAGGAAGCGACGAACCAGGCCGUCAAGAAGAAGCGCGACCAGACCAUUGAGAAGAUGGCAAAGGCUACUGAGACGUCCCUCGGUGCCAUUGCCGACACGGUCGAGAUCCUCUAUAACUCGAUCCUGUCUGGUUGCCCUACGAAUGCUCAGCUCACCCUGCACCUCCUUCGCGUAUCUGAGGAUCUGAAGACGCCCCUCCCUCCUCCUCCUGAGAACAAGGACAUCAAGAGCGCCAAGAAGACGUUGAAGGACACCUCGCCCGCGAACCCCUCUGGUGCCGCUGUGGCUGCCGAGAAGCGCGAGAUUGAAGAGUCCAACAACCCCGCCGAGAAGACGAAAGCGAAGACCAAGCAUCACCUCAGCAAUGCGUUCAAGAAGAUCAGCAAGAAGCUUGCCGGUGUGCACGGCGAUGUCGCCGUCGAUGGUAACACGAAGCCUUUCGAGGGUAAGCUUAUCGACAAGAAGUUCGGCAAGGAGUCGCCGGACGCCUAUGGCUGCAAGCUUGACGGCAAGGGUGGCCACCUCAUCAUCGACGAGGACUCGGGCCGUCUCGGCUGGGUGCGCGUGCGCGACCAGACCGCCGAGGGUGUAUGGGACAUUGCGAGCAUCGUCGAGCUUCGCAAGAGGCUGCCUUUCAUCACUGAAGACCCCGCCGCAGUUGUCAAGGCUACACCUGCUACGUAG